AUGGCAACAGCCUCAUCUACUUCUACUUCUACUAGUGUAGCUCCUCUCAAACCUCACACGCAUCCACAACAACAGCAACCCGCAAAGUCCAGACGCCGCAACCCGACCCGGAAACUCGACCCGCCGACGAUCGUCUCCCCCACCCAGAACUCCUGGUGCUGCCCUGCCAAACCCGUCCCGACCCAAUCCCAUUCCCGCCGCGGCGACCCGACCCACGAGCCCGACCCGGUUCAGAACUACCCAUCUCCGGACUCUUCUUCGCUGUCUUCGUCGUCGUUCAGGAUCCGAUAUUCUCCGGGGAGCUUAUCCCCAGUGAUGGACUUCACUCCGGCACUGACCAACGGCCAAAACGAUUCGUUUAACUCGAGCUUCACUCGCUUCAACAGCAUGCUCACGGCGGGGCUGCUCAACCCAAUGUCGCCGCCGCCGCGCUCCAGCCCGACCCUCUUCGAAAUGAUGUCCAGCGAGCCCGAAAUGGCCAACCCGAAACCCGCCCAGAUCCACCAAAACGGCGUCGUCGCGCCGCCGAGGACCGGUCUGGUCCAGGACAAGCAGGCCCUUAUGAUGCAGCGGGUCUCGGACCUCUUGGGUUCUCGGAGCCCCGGGAGCCAGUUUAACGACCCGACCAACAGUGACAUCAAGCUGACGUUGGGCGCCAAAGACGGGUUCAGUGUCUCGAUGAGUCUGCACCGUCCGAUUCUCAUCGCGCACAGCAGGUUCUUCGCCGUGAAACUCUCGGAGAGGUGGGUUAAGCAGCAGAGAACGGCGGCGAGUUCUCCGCCGUAUAAUGUGGAGAUUGCGGACUGUGAUGACGUGGAGGUUUACAUUGAGGCUUUGAGGUUGAUGUAUUGUAAGGAUCUGAGGAAGAGACUGAUGAAGGAGGAUGUUACUAGAGUGCUUGGGAUUCUAAAGGUUUCAGCGGCAAUUGGGUUUGAUGCUGGUGUUUUGUCGUGCUUGGAGUACUUGGAGGCGGCGCCGUGGGCAGAGGAUGAAGAGGAGAAGGUGGCAUCGCUGUUGUCGGAGCUGCGGCUUGAAGGAGUUGGAGCUGGGGAAGUGUUGAAGAGGGUGUCGUUGGAAGUGGCUAAUGGGACUGAGGAGGGUAAUGACAAUGAGGAAGUUUUGGUGAAGCUUCUGCAUGUGGUUCUUGAAGGAAAAGAUGAGAAGGCGAGGCGGGAGAUGAAAGGGUUGGUGACUAAGAUGCUUCGUGAGAAUUCGUCUCAUAAUGAGCUAAGGAAAGAGUCGUUGUAUUCUGCUUGUGAUGGGUGUUUGCAAUUGCUUUGCCACCAUUUUGCUCGGGCAGCAGAGUCGGACUUGAAAGAUGUGGGACAGAUUGCAAGGCAAGCGGAUAAUUUGCAUUGGAUUUUGGAUAUUUUGAUUGAUAGACAAAUGGCUGAGGAUUUCUUGAAAACAUGGGCGUCUCAAACUGAGUUGUCUGAAUCACAUUCUAAAGUGGCUGCAGUUCAUAGAUAUGAGGUUAGCAGAGUUACAGCUCGACUCUUUGUUGGGAUUGGAAAGGGGCAGCUGUUGGCUUCCAAGGAUGUUAGGUUUUUGCUUUUGCGUACAUGGUUGGUGCCAUUUUAUGAUGAUUUUGGAUGGAUGAGGAGGGCAUCAAAAGGCCUUGAUAGGCACUUAAUUGAGGAUGGUCUAAGCAACACAAUUCUUACACUGCCUUUAGCAUGGCAACAAGAAAUUUUGCUCGCUUGGUUUAAUCGGUUCUUGAACUCUGGUGAAGAUUGCCCAAAUAUACAAAGAGGAUUUGAAGUUUGGUGGAGGAGGUCCUUUUGGAGGCGGAAUGGGGAGCAGGAAAGACCACGGCCAUUACGAAUUACAGCUGCAACCAUUGAGAAGUAAUAGAAGUUAGUAGAGUCCUGAGUGUGGGAAAUGAUGCUCUAAUGGGUCGGUCUUUCUAUCUCUUUACCUCCAUCACCGUAGUCUCAUUUGAUCUUAGUCGGUAAUUUUGUGGUCUUCUUACUAUCUAAACCAAGGUGGGAUUCCCCUGAUGAAGUUUUAGUUUUAUUGGAUGCACCCAGGUUUAGGUUGGAAAAGGCUAUAGAGGCAUAGGAUGUAUUUUGUUCAACUUUUUAUUCUGUUCUGAGAUAAAAUUCAGAGAAUUGCACGUUUAGUACGGUUGAUUGAAGUCUGAAUCUUCUAAGUUCAUGUUAAAUGGAAGUACAAAAGUUUAGUAAUAUUCAUGUUAAACGGAAGUACAACAGUUUAGCAAUAUGGGUCGAUUGAUACUUGUUAUGGUGGUUAUCGAUAA